ACACACACACAGACAAACGCGCGAAGCCGCCAAACUUGGUAGUCAGUCGGCGAAAAGCGAGAAAAAGAAAUAGAGCUGAAAGAAGAAAAUUGCAACACGAACAACAGCAGGCGCGAGCUCAAGGAGAAGUUGGUUAGAAGAGCGCUCAAGCUGAAUGCACACAGAGCCACCUCAGAGCGAGUGAGAGAGAGAGAGAGAGAGAGAGAGAGAGAGAGAGGAGAGCAAACAGACAACAGCAAGAUGGCGGCCGUUGAAGUGCGCAAUGGCUAUAAGUACUAUGGCUCCAAAUCGAAUCCCAAGAUUGUGCUCAACCAGCUGAACAUGAACGUCAUGCGCGGCUCCAUCUAUGGCCUGCUGGGCGCCUCCGGCUGCGGCAAGACUACGCUGCUCUCCUGCAUUGUGGGCCAGCGUCGGCUCAACGGCGGCGAAGUGUCCGUCUUGGGCGUUAAGCCCGGCGAACCGGGCAGCGGUGUGCCGGGUUCACGCGUAGGAUUUAUGCCACAGGAAAUCGCUCUGGUGGAGGAGAUGAGCGUCAAGGAGACGAUCUUCUACUUCGGACGCAUCUACGGGCUCACAGACGAGCGCAUAAGGGAGAAGUUUAAGCUGCUCAAGGAGCUGCUGCAGCUGCCGCCGGCACGGCAGAUGAUCAAAGAAUGCAGCGGUGGCCAACAGCGACGCUUGUCCUUCGCCUGCGCCAUGAUACACGAUCCCGAGCUGCUCAUUCUCGACGAGCCCACGGUCGGUCUCGAUCCCAUGCUGCGCGAAAAAAUCUGGGAAUUUCUGGUGGAAACGACCAGAAAUAGUAAAUUGGCUGUGAUCAUCACCACACAUUACAUCGAGGAGGCCAAACAGGCCAAUUGCAUCGGCCUCAUGCGCAAUGGCGUGCUGCUGGCCGAAGACACGCCCACAAACAUUAUGAUCCAAUUUGGCACACAAUCCAUUGAGGAUGCGUUUCUCAUACUCAGUCAGCGUCAGGGCAAUGAGGAUCAGCUGGCGCAGAUCAUUGAUCAUAACAGAAACCAGGCGUUGCCCGUCGCGGCGCUGCCAACUGAGGUGAUCGAUGUCCAUGACACGCCCACAGCCGAGAAGCCGCCCAUACCGUACGAGGAGACACCUAACGAGAAUCGCAAAAAGAUAUUCUUUACGACCAAAGGACGUCUCAAAGCGCUGAUGACCAAGAACUUUGUGCAACUCUUCAGGCAGCCCUCUGGCAUCAUUUUCAUGCUGAUGUUUCCCAUCAUACAAUUGUCCUGCUUCUAUCUGGCCAUCGGCAAAACGCCCACAAAUCUCGAGCUUGGCGUCUAUUCCGGCGAGGUGGAGAGCUAUUCCGAAUGCUUUGAUGACAAUCUGAAGACCAUUUACAAGGCCAACGAUAGCUGCCAUUUCCACAAGCUCUCCUGUCGCUACAUACGCGAACUGGGCGACGAUGUGGCCACCAGAAAGUAUUAUUCGACCGAAGCGGCUGCUUUGGCGGAUGCCAAACGCGCCCUCACCGUCGGCUACAUAUAUUUCGCGCACAAUUUCAGCGAUUCGGUUUACGAACUCAUCGAGGAUGGGGUUCAUGCCAGCGACGGGGCCGUUGACCAUGCCGAGCUGACCGUGCACAUCGAUAUGACGGAUCAACAGGUGGCGUACUUUAUGCAACGCAAGCUGCGCGACAAGUUUAGCACCUUUAUGAACAGCGUUGUUCAGGACUGCAAUGUCUCGGCCGCCCUGGUCAAAUUGCCCGUGCAGUUCCAGGAUCCCAUCUACGGCAGUGCGGACAUUGAGUUUCAGCAGUAUUGUGCGCCCGGCGUGGUCAUGACCAUGGUAUUCUUUCUGGCUACUUUGAUGACGGCUGCUGUAUUUAUUUCGGAGCGCAUGGAUGGCAUUUGGGACAGGACCCUGCUGGCUGGAGUUUCGGCAACCGAAAUGCUUUGGGCCCAUCUGCUCACCCAGCUGAUAAUCAUGGCACUGCAAUCCUUUGAGGUCGUCAUGUACAUUGGCAUCGUAUUCGAUACGUAUAACAAUGGAGAUACGACCACAUUGAUUGGACUGCUGACGCUGACAGCUUUCUGUGGCAUGUUGUUCGGUCUCUUCAUCUCUGUGUUCUGCAAGUCUCACACGGAGGCCAACUUUGUGGCCACUGGAGCCUUCUACCCGAUGAUCAUACUCUGCGGUCUGCUGUGGCCGUUGGAGAGCAUGCCGCGCUUUCUGCAGGAUCUGGUAAUGGUGCUGCCCUUUACCAUACCCUCGAUAUCGGCGCGCAAUGUCAUCGAGAAGGGCUGGAGCAUUACCAACGCGAAGGUCUACAAUGGUUUUCUCGUGAUGGCCGGCUGGACGAUCAUUUUCUUUGUACUGUGCCUGAUAGGCAUCAGGCGCAAGGCGUAGUGGGGCUGUAUUCAAUAUUUGGGGUUACCAACUAGAAGUCGUAGCGUAUUACAAUUUCCCUUUAGGCGAUUUUAUAUAUGUAUAUUGUGUUAUAGUAUCUAUAUAAUUUAAUAAUUAUCGGAAGCAUAUCACUCGCAUGUCGCAGACUCUCUUUCAUCAUCAAAAUAAAAACUCAUUCGAUGCAUUGUUAGCCAGACUACGUUCGGGUUGCCUAGGGAUAUCAAUAGAGUUGUUGUACUAAUAAAUGAAUGACGUUUUCUUUUUUAA